CCUUCGAAGCUACUCUACUUACUGGUAGAGACGACCCGGGAGCUGAAACCAAAUCCAAAAUUCCAAAGAAGCAAGGUAGGAUGUCCGAAUCCCCACUUUACCCCUUUCACACUCCAACCCUCAUCCCAUUUUUGUUCCCCUCCUCUCUCUCACUUGUCUCUCUUGUGCCGUAAAAGAGGAGGUGCAGCACGCCGCGUCUCUCUCUCUUGCAUCUCAAGCAAGCCAUCACGGUCAGCAAUCGAGGUCCUAGAGAGAGAAGAAGAGGGCAAACUAAAGAGCACGGAAAGCGCAAAGAGCGUGUACAGCGCACAAGACCUUUAAUACAACCACCGCUUCUCUUUUUUCUCUCUCUCUCUCCUCCUCUUCCUGUGUUAGAGAGAGAAGGGGGUGAUGAUUAUGAUGAUGUGUUUAUUAGAAAUAGUGGAGUUGAGAUGACAUGGUGCAGGGGAGAGGAGAGGGAUGGGAGGCGAGAGGAGGCGGAUCAGCUCAUCGAUGGCGGAGGCGGAGCAGGAGCAGAGCACUCGCAGCAACAAGAACAGGAAGAGGGAGAAGGAGGAGAGCGGAGCAGUUGCCCCUCUUGUGGCCACCCCAUUCCGUCUUCCCAAAAACAGGCGAUUCAGAACCUGCCGGGGCUCCCAGCAGGAGUUAAAUUCGACCCUACAGAUCAGGAGCUCUUGGAACAUUUGGAGGGGAAGGUGAGGGCUGACUCAAUGAAGCUUCACCCCCUCAUCGACGAGUUCAUUCCCACUCUUGAUGGAGAGAGCGGCAUCUGCUCUACGCACCCUGAAAGAUUACCAGGAGUGAGAAGGGAUGGGCACGUUCGCCACUUCUUCCACCGCCCCUCCAAAGCCUACACCACAGGCACACGAAAGCGUCGCAAGGUGCACACAGGCCCGCAAGGAGGCGAAACGAGAUGGCACAAAACUGGCAAAACAAGGCCCGUCUUCACCAGUGGCACGCAAAAAGGCUACAAGAAAAUUCUGGUUCUCUACACAAACUAUGGCAAGCAAAAGAAGCCUGAGAAAACCAAUUGGGUUAUGCACCAGUAUCACUUGGGUUCACAAGAAGAAGAGAAAGAUGGUGAACUGGUGGUGUCGAAAGUGUUUUACCAGACUCAACCAAGGCAAUGCGCUAUGGACCCACUUUUGAGGCGACGAACCAUGAAGCCGGCCUAUGGAACGAACCAGGUCGAGCCCUAUGACGAAGCGGGCUCGGAGAAGGCUGGGUCGCCUCAGCUUAUACCUAACUUCUCUGUAGAGGUGGAUGCGUCUGCCUUUCUUGGUUGAGUGAUUGUUGCUUUUAGUUGGGUCUUUUUAUAUGGAAAGUUUUGGGGGGGCGUUAAUAACGGGGAACGUAAAGAGAGAGAGAGGUGCGUUUGGUGGGGUUUUAAAGAGAGAGAGAGAGAGAGAAAGAGCGGUUGGUGUGGUGGGUGAUUCUUUUAUUUCUUGGUUUUUAAGUUGAUAUGUAGAUUAUUGGGGUAAGCAUAAAGUGAGCUAUGCGUUGUAUUAUUUGCAUUUCGUGUUAGAAACGAAUAAGUGAUCUUAAGAAGAAGUUUGAGAGAAUGUUGUAUGCAUUGGAAAUGAAAAUAGGGAUCUUUUCAUGGAGUUUCCUGUUCGAAAUGAAACUACAAGAGUUUAUCGCA